UUCUUAGAAAAAAUAUCAAAAAAGCUGAUAAAAGAAAUCAUGUGAAGAAAAGAAUGAGACAUGACCAAAAGGUUCAAGGAACCAUCCAGCCUAACAUUUAUGACAUGCAUUUGCACACACACACAAUUACUCCAAAAUAAAAUCCAAACCUUCAACUUCUCUUCCUCUCAAGUCUCAGUUCUUUUCUUCUCAAAGAGAAUACAAAUCCCACCAUUUAAUUUCCACUCAAAAUCCUAAAUUGAAUGUCAAAUUUCAACUUAGGAAAAAAACUUAUUCUACCAACUAAAAAGGCAUGGAAGAGCUUCACCAACAAAUUACAAUCAAGAUUACACAAACUCAAGCUUUCAAAAGCUAUCAAAAGUUCCAAAAACCUUUGCAUUAGAGCUUACAAUUACAUUUUCCCUAUUAUUACUCGAAAUUUCUACUCGUUGAUCAAUCGUUCUUCAUCACCACCACGUACUCAUCGCAAUUUUUAUCAUAAUUACUAUCAGUACCAACAAUGUCAUAAAAAUACUUCACCUAUAUACGUGGAUCAUCUCUUCCCUGAACCUAUACUGAAACGACCAGCAUGUCAAGACCAUAGCUGUAAGAUAUCCACACCUCAGACUGAAGAAUUUGUUGCUUCGAGUAGCGAUGGUGAUGUUAAUUGUAGAAGCAAACUAGAUCAAGAAGAGCAAGAUAUAAUUGUGAAGGCUAUUGAGGUAAAUAGUGUAUUGAAAAAAGUGCCACAUAUAAAUGGAGUGGAUAGAAGAGCUGAAGAAUUUAUCUCUAAGUUUCGUGAAGAUAUGGAGCUUGAAAGACAACAAUCCAUUCUUGAUUUUCAAGAAAUGUUGGCUAGAGGUGCUUAAAUAUAAAAAUAAAAAGAAAUUAAAUAAGUUUUUUUCUUGGUCACAAUUAAUGUUGGAAUAUUUCAAAAAUUGAAGUACAGGUUUUGAUUUUCUGUUCAAUUCCUUAUUUCCCAACUUUUAAAAAGGAAGAAAAGAAAUUGAAUUGAUUUUAUCCUCUUCUUUAGUGUUUUUCUUAUCUUUCAGCAUGACUCGAAUUCUGAUGAUGGAGGUGUUCAACCACUUGAGCAAGCCUCGCUUGUUAAUAGAUCAAUUUUCUCUUUGAUUUGGUAUGACAAAGUAUUUAAAGUGUGGAUAAGAAAUUUAGGUUGCGUGGGAUUGUAUUUUUUAUGUUUUAUUUUUAAUUUCAAGAAUUGUAUAUCAGUAAACAUUGAUUGUUUUUCUUGGUUGUUAUAAAUAUGAUAAAACUUUGUACUAA